AUGGACAUUGAAGCAUACUUUGAAAGAAUCAGUUAUCAGAACUCCAGGAGCAAACUGGACUUGCAGACGCUAACUGAAAUCCUUCAGCACCAGAUAAAAGCUAUACCAUUUGAGAACUUGAACAUCCAUUGUGGGGAAGCCAUGGAGCUGGGCUUAGAGGCCGUUUUUGAUCACAUUGUGAGGAAGAAGCGGGGUGGGUGGUGUCUCCAGGUCAAUCAUCUGCUGUACUGGGCUCUGACCACGCUAGGUUUCGAGACCACAAUGUUAGGAGGAUGUGUUUAUAGCCCUUUUACCUGCAAAUAUAGCAACACCAUCCUUCACCUUCUACUACAGGUGACCAUCAGUGGCAAAAAAUAUAUUGUGGAUGGUGCCUUCCCAUUUUCCUGCCAGAUGUGGGAACCUCUGGAGUUAAUUUCUGGGAAGGACCAGCCUCAGGUGCCUGCCAUCUUCAACCUGAUGGAAAAGAAUGGAAUUUGGUACCUGGAACAAAUUAAAAGACAAGAAUAUGUUCCAAACCAAGAGUUCAUUGGUUCUAACUUCCUUGAGAAGAGCAAACACCGGAAAAUCUACUCUUUUACUCUUGAACCUCGAACAAUUGAAGACUUCAAGGUUGUGAGUGCAUACUAUCAGGCAUCUCCAACAUCUAUGAUGGUGAACACAUCGCUUUGCUCCCUGCAGACCAAAGAAGGGGUUCAUGGCUUAAUGGGCACUAUUAUUGCCUAUAAGAAAUUCAAUUACAAGGACAAUGUAGAUCUGGUAGAGUUUAAGAAUCUGAAGGAGGAAGAAAUAGAAGAAGUCCUGAAGAGUGUAUUUGGUAUUCACUUGGAGACAAAGCUUGUGCCCAAACCUACCAGUGGUUUCUUUACUAUUUAG